UUUUCAAUUUAUGUAAUGCAGAUUUUUUUUUCAAAAGAGUAUCCUUUUAGAAGAUGUCAAAAGGAUGUUUUUCAUUGACAUUUUUAAAAAUGACAAGUUGAAAAUGCGUCUUCAGUCUGGCGAUUAUGCUGGGGAAAUGUAAAUAUAAUCUAAAAAGCAUUAGCCUAAUUGGUAGGCCUAAGAAAAUCUUAGUGGGUGUCACGUUGUGAUCAAUGCCUGUGAAAAUAGCAAAUUAACAUUAGAAAUGUGUUUGAUUACAUUACCUUACAUCGCACUGUGGCUCACCAAAUGGAGCCUCAUUUGCUUUUUCUAUUUCAAUUAUUUCAGUUAAGAAAUGAAGGCGUAGGAUAUUUUCAUUGUUCAUGCCUUUAUCUCACCCAAUGUGCAAAUGCAGCAGAAACUAGUACUGUGCAAGAUCCAUCAAUUGAGUCAUUAAUGGAGAGUGUUCCAUUUUUGGGAAGAAACCAUGAUAAAACUAAACCUAAACCAAAUGAAAGACUACAAGAUGAAAGAAGUCAUGCUCCACCGACAAAUAUUGCUCCAUUGCCUGGAGAUAAUGUGGUUCACCCAAAACUAGACUGUGCAGAGAAAGAAGAAGCUCAAAUAGGUGGAGAAGUAAGUCCAAUUGAUGCAUUUAGAGAUGCAAAUGCAGUGGAAAUUAUUACUCUGCAAGAUCCAUCAACUGACUCAUCAGUGGAGAGUGUUCCAUUGUUGGGAGCAAACCAUGAUAAACCUAAACUUGAACCAAAUGAAAUAGUACAAGAUGAAAGAAGUCAUGCUCCACUUUCAAACAUUGCUCCAGUACCUGGAAAAAAUGUGGUUUACCCAAAACCAGACUCCGCAGAGAAAGAAGAAGUUGAAAUAUGUGGAGAAGGAAGUUCGAUUGAUGCAAUUGGAGAUGCAAAUACAGAAACUAGUACUGUGCAAGAUCCAUCAGCCGAUCCAUUAAUGGAGAACAUUCCGUUGCUGGGAACAAACCGUGAUAAAACUAAACCUAAACCAAAUGAAAUGCUACAAGAUGAAAGAGCUCAUUCUCCACUGACAAAUAUUGCUCCAUUACCUGGAGAUAGUGUGGCUUACGCAAAACCAGACUCUACAGAGAAAGAAGUUGAAAUAGGUGGAGAAGUAAGUUCACCUGAUGCAAUUACAAAUGAAAAUACAGACUCUGCAGAGAAAGAAGUUGAGAUAGGUGGACAAGUAAGUUCAACUGAUGCAAUUACAAAUGAAAAUACAGACUCUACAGAGAAAGAAGUUGAAAUAGGUGAAGCAAAUUCAACUGAUGCAAUUACAGAUGAAAGUACAGAUGACAAAUAUUUGGAAAAUAUUGAACCUGAUGAAAGACUUACAAUUCAAGCUGACAAUAAAGAAAAUGUCAAAACUGAAAAAAGUGACACAGCUGCAAUUGAAACUGGACUUCCUCCGAGCUCAUCAAACGUGAUAGUGAAUGUUGAUGAAGAUACACAAACUUCAUUACCUUCAGAAUCAAGAGAUGACAGAAAAAUAGAAAUCCUAAAAAGCAUUGUAUAUGGUGGUUUAAUAGAAUCAAUUACAAGCUUAAGUGUUGUGACAUCUGCUAUAAGUGCUGAUGCUGCUACAUUGAACAUUGUAGCUUUGGCAUUGGCAAACCUUGUUGGUGGACUCGUCAUGAUUGCACACCAUCUUAGGGAACUUAGAAAUGAACAAUCUGGAGGGACCUCUGAUCAGACAAAUGAAGGAGUGGAUCGUUAUGUUGAAUCACUUGGACGGAGACAGAAUUUCAUUGUUCAUGCCACAGUUGCCGUAUUAUCAUUCAUUAUUUUUGGAUUAGUACCUCCUGUAGUUUAUGGAUUCUCAUUCUUGAAGAGUGACAAUAAGGAUUAUAAGUUAGCAGCAGUUGCAGCAGCUUCUCUUUUGUGCAUUACUAUGCUUGCCAUCGCUAAGUCUUAUGUCAGGAAGCCACCCAAGAAUUACAUCAAGACUGUCAUGUAUUACGCUGCUGCAGGAUUUUUGGCUUCAGGAGUUUCAUACAUAGCAGGUGAAAUCAUCAGAAAGCUAAUAGAAAAGUUUGGUUGGUUCAAUUCACGAGUAGCCAUUACCAGCAUUGCUGAUGCGAGUUCUGGUCAACCUGAAUGGGUGUCCUAUUGACUUCAUUUUAAAACUGAAAUACGGUGUCAAGAUUAAUGGCAGUAUAUAUAUACUCUGCUUUUCAGCUGUUUUGAAUAUUUUUGUAGUUUUUGAUGGUAUGUCAUAUUUGAUUAAGUUAUUCAAGCA